AUGGCUUACCCAUUCCAACUAGGCUUACAAGACGCCACGUCCCCUAUUAUAGAAGAAUUAAUAAACUUCCACGACCACACAUUAAUAAUUGUUUUUUUAAUUAGUUCUCUGGUUCUUUACAUUAUUUCACUUAUAUUAACAACAAAACUUACACAUACAAGCACAAUAGAUGCUCAAGAAGUUGAAACUAUUUGAACCAUUUUACCUGCUGUUAUCCUUAUCAUAAUUGCUUUACCCUCCCUUCGCAUUUUAUAUAUAAUAGACGAAAUCAACAAUCCUGUCCUAACUGUGAAAACUAUAGGUCACCAAUGAUACUGAAGCUAUGAAUAUACUGACUACGAAGACCUAUGCUUCGACUCAUAUAUAGUUCCAACAAAUGACUUAAAACCAGGUGAACUGCGAUUAUUAGAAGUCGAUAACCGAGUUGUUCUACCUAUAGAACUUCCAAUUCGUAUGCUAAUUUCAUCUGAAGAUGUACUUCACUCAUGAGCUGUACCCUCAUUAGGAUUAAAAACUGACGCCAUCCCAGGCCGGCUAAACCAAGCAACCGUGACAUCAAACCGACCAGGAUUGUUCUACGGACAAUGCUCCGAAAUUUGCGGCUCUAAUCAUAGUUUUAUACCUAUCGUCCUUGAAAUAGUUCCACUAAAAUAUUUCGAAAACUGAUCGGCUUCUAUAAUCUAA